ACGGAGUAAUAACAAAAACGAAAUCCGGAAAAUUUAUUCUUCUAGUCCUUUUGCGUAUGUUCUCAGGUUCUGAUACCUAACUCCGGCCAUCUUCUCCACCUUAACCUGAUGAACAACGUGGGCAGUCGAACACAUACUGGGAAGGAACCGUCCGUUGGUUGCAGUUGCCAGUUGCUUAUCCUUCUUUUUCUUCUUUACCGCUGGUGCAUUUCCUUUUGCUUGGUUUUGUUUUCGUUUGGCGAAAUCAUGAUCUAGUUUCAUCCGUCGAAGGUGCUCGAUCUCUCGUGACAUCAACGAUGCGAUGGUCCCUCGAGCCCCAACCUCGACCGGAUUCAGAUUCGGAUCCAGUGUUGGCGUUGCCAUCGCCGUGAACAAUGAUAUCCUCAAAGUGUCCGGUCUUAUACAACCAUGUAGAGUAGCGUAGAAACAGAAAUGUGGAGUUAGGUUGUAAAUUUUGUCUGCCUUUCUUUUUGUGCUCUGGCGAUGCUUGUGUCUCUCUCUAUUAAUGGACAUUUCCGUUGAUUGGCGUAGACUAGUGGUGUUUCCCAUGACAAUUGUCGGAAGUGCAGUUGGAUAUUUUCUUUCCUCUCUUGCCGGAGGAGUUAAGGAACAUGGUGGUUCGGAUCCUCGACACAAUAAAGUUUUUUUUUUUUUUUUUGUAAUUUUGUGCAGAUGAAGUGGGAAUAAAUUGGUUGGAUUAAUUAAUAGAUCUUUUACAUAAACAAAAGCUUGAUCCUGCAGUGUUGCCAUCGUCGACAUGGCUCCCGCAUCUCGAGGCCGCAAUCUGUCACCGCCACCGUCUUCCAACGCCUGCGGCGCCUUUCUCCAUGAAAUCACCAGCUGCCUACGAGCAGCUCUCCCUGUUUCAUUAUCCUACAUCUUGACGAACCGCUCCAAUGUCUCCCUUUUUUAAUGCCUCCCCUAGCCCUACGCGCGGAGAACGAGGCCUUGAGCCGAGCGACUGCAGCGAUUCCUGGAAACGGAGACCUCACCACCCUCAUUUCAAUCACCUUGCUACUGUGACGACCGUCUCCCUAGUUGCCGCCCUCAAUGGCGAACUGCCGCUAUCUGUUGAUUCCGCUCUUCAUCCUGCAUUCGGCUCACACUGCGCGCUCCUCCGACCCUCUUCUUUCGCCCAAAGGCGUUAACUACGAAGUGGCGGCUCUGAUGUCGGUGAAGAGUAGGAUGAGAGAUGAGGCCGGGGUGAUGGGUGGCUGGGACAUCUACUCCGUCGACCCUUGCACGUGGUUCAUGGUCGGCUGUUCCUCCGAUGGAUUCGUCAUCUCCUUGGAAAUGGCGAGUAAUAGCUUGUCCGGGACGCUGUCGCCGAGCAUUGGCAACCUAAGUCACCUGCAAACUUUGCUAUUGCAAAAUAACAAAAUAUCAGGUAUUAUUCCUCCAGAAAUAGGAAAGUUGUCACAGCUGAACACCCUUGACAUCUCUGGUAACCAGUUCACUGGACAAAUUCCAAGUGCUCUUGGGCUUCUGUCUCAGUUAGUUUACAUGCGACUUAACCGGAAUGGUUUGUCUGGUCCGAUUCCUGAAGCAGUUGCUAAUCUUUCGGGUCUCUUAUUCUUAGAUGUAUCAUUCAAUAACUUAACAGGUCCAACCCCAAAGAUACUUGCAAAUGAUUACAGUCUUGCAGGUAAUAAGUUACUCUGUAACACUUCUCAUUUGCAUGGUUGUGCACUUGUAACGCUAACAAGUAAUGAAACUAGAGCUUUGGAACAUUCUAACAACCAUCAGUUGGCAGUUGCAAUCCCUUUAAGUAUUGGUUGUACCUUAAUAUUAUCUUUGCUACUGCUUGUUUUCUGGUUACGUUGCUGCAAAUGGAGCAUGAAUUUUGCUGGAGAUGAUCAAAACUAUGAAUUUGAAAUGGGACAUUUGAAGAGAUUCCCUUUCCGUGAACUACAAAUCGCAACAGAAAACUUUAGUGCCAAACUUGUAUUAGGUCAAGGUGGGUUUGGAGUUGUUUAUAAAGGCCAUCUCAGAAAUGGAACUGUGGUAGCAGUGAAGCGAUUAAAGGAUCCAAAUUUUACUGGAGAAGUACAGUUCCAAACAGAAGUUGAAAUGAUUGGCCUAGCUCUGCACAGGAAUUUACUCCGACUAUAUGGAUUUUGCAUGACCACAAAUGAGAGAUUGCUUGUGUAUCCUUUUAUGCCAAAUGGGAGUGUGGCUGAUCGUUUAAGAGAUCAUUCUCAUAGUAAACCAUCCUUGGACUGGAACAAGAGAAUGCGAAUUGCAAUCGGUGCUGCUAGAGGGCUCUUAUAUCUGCACGAACAAUGUAACCCGAAAAUAAUUCACAGGGAUGUUAAAGCUGCAAACAUUCUACUUGACGAAUGUUUUGAAGCGGUGGUAGGAGAUUUUGGAUUAGCAAAACUUCUAGAUAGGAGAGAAUCUCACGUCACAACUGCAGUUCGUGGCACUGUAGGACACAUUGCUCCAGAGUAUCUCUCUACUGGGCAGUCAUCCGAGAAGACUGAUGUUUAUGGAUUUGGCAUCCUACUAUUGGAAUUGAUCAUAGGCCAAAAGACCAUGAGUUCUGGAAAUGGUAAUUCCCAGAAAGGAAUGAUUCUCGACUGGAUCAAGACUUUACAUGAAGAGAAGAGAGACGCUGAAUUGGUUGACAAGGAUCUCAACGAUGCUUUUAAUUCUGCUCAGCUUGAAACUGCCGUGGAGGUUAUUCUGCUCUGCACUUCUUCAAAUCCUGCCCUUCGGCCAAAGAUGUCUGAAGUUGUUAAAACACUUGAAUCUAUUUCUGGGCCAGCAGAACAAAGUGAAGAAACUCAUGGGGAAGUAACUUGCUGUAGGUCUUGCAACUCCUCCAGAAGCUCUGAUGGUGCUAAUGAAGCCUCUUCUUUCAUCAUCGAAGCUAUUGAGCUCUCAGGGCCCAGAUGAUUAUGACACUUCCAAUCAGAUUUUUAGAACCAAGUGUUUCUUCUCAUACAUGUAGAUGUAGACGGGUUUGAUCAUCGUGGCUACUGGAAUGACUAAUGAAUGGAAAAAAAAUGUACAUGAAGAUCUUACUGUAUUUAGGAUAUAAUUUAAGCCCUCUGAAAGCUGAAUUCAUAUCGAAUUUUGAUGUGUACGAAGUACAUGAACAACUAGUGCCUUUUUUCAAUACAUCUUGAGAAUAGGCAUUAAAUUA